UUGUUGCUUAAAUGCGGCUUUGACGAGAAACAACAAAGUAGGCAAAACAAGAAGCAGUUCUGACGCUUCCGUUUUUACUUAAUCAACACGCGACGCAAUUGUUGAACUCAACAUCAAUUGAAUCCUUUAGAACCUCGAGAAAGCAAUUUAUCAAAAAAAUAAACUAAUAACAAAAGUGAGCGAAAAACAAACAGAAAACAAAACGUUUUAAUAGAAAAAGAAAGAAACUGAAAAAACAAUAUUUGUUUUUGGUUUGCUUUCUUAUAUUUUUAUUUUGGCACACGAUGAGCCAAAGUUUUGAUAGUUUAAUGCAAGGCGGCGGCGACUUCGAGGAGCGGCAGUCCUCGGAGGAUGUGCCGGAAUCGACGACAACUACAACAACAACAACAACAGCCGGCGACGGAGCUGCCGCCAUGGCAGGAGCUGCUGCUCUGCGGGACGAAGACUUCAGCGAGGACAACAAUUUCGAAUCAAAUUUGCGACGACGCAAAGGCAAAAUCAUAUCCUGUGCCAAGGAGACUAUUGAGAACGCUUCCCGCCAACUACGCCGCAAAGUGCCCUAUGCCGGCCAUUUAAUGACCCCGCGUCGCCUUUGGCUCAACAAAAUACCCACACAAUGCGAUGUGGUGAUUGAGUUUCCCGAGGAUGCGCCAGACGAGGCACUACGUUGGCUACUGGCCCGCAUACGCUCUCAGCCACCAGCAGGUCUGGGACUGUUAGUUCAGGUUAAGGCACACGAGAGCUCCAGACGCAAUGCCUUCUAUGUGAGCGCGCCAGUUAAUGUCCUGUUUAAAGCGGCGGAGGAGGCACGUCUGCCGAAACGUUUACGUCCGGAUUUGGGCGGCGCACUGCGCGAGUUCACCACCCGCGAGAGCCACUGUUUCCAGCAGCUGCGCGGCGAUGUGGGCAGCGCCGCAUUGUUCACCUCCCAGGAGCGCCAGUGGCUGGUGCUGCAGGUGCUGCAAGGCCUACGCGCCGGUUGCAGCGAUAUUGAUGCGUUGCAGGGACGCGCCACAGUCGCCGAGGGCCAGAGCAUUGUCGCCGCCUGGCAGGAGUCGGGUCUAAUCACACAGGUCUUUCCGCUGCACGAGACCCGCUCCCUGACACAGCUCCAAACGCAGUGGGUCAAGCAGAUCUUUGCGCCGCAGCCGCUGGAUGACAUAGCAGCCUAUUUUGGCGUUAAGGUCGCACUGUACUUUGCCUGGCUGGGCCACUACACCUGCGCUUUGGGCGUGCCCGCUGUCUUUGGCACCAUACUUUAUUGCAUACUGUGGGGCAAGGGUCAAACCGCUCAGGAUAUGGGCCAUGUGCUAUUCUCGCUGUUCAAUGUGGCCUGGGCUUCACUGUAUUUGGAGGCCUGGAAACGCUACUCCGUCGAGCUGGCCUUUCGCUGGGGCACGCUUUCCACGCCCCCAGAGCUGCUUGAGCCGCCCAGGCCCCUCUAUAAGGGCCCGCUGGAGGAGAACAAUGUGACGGGUCGCCUGGAGCCGAAGGAAGCGCCCGCUUGGCAGCGACGCGCCUUUCGCUAUCUGGUCAGCUUUCCUGUGAUUGGACUGUGCCUCUGCAUGGUGUUUGCUGUGAUGUUUCUCAUGUUGCGCUUCCAGGAUUGGCUGGAUCAUCAUAAAAUACCCGACAAAGGAAUUGCUCAAUGCAUGUAUAAUUUGCACAAGGAUUGGUGGGACUCCAAGCUGCCGGAGGACAGUGUCCUGUGCUGCCUGAGUGUGAUACCCAAGGUGCUGCUGGCUGGUGCCAUUACCUUGAUGGAUGAGGCCUACUUUAAGCUGGCCGUUUGGCUAAAUGACAGAGAAAAUUAUCGGCUGCAAUCGAAAUACGAGAAUCAUUUGAUAGCCAAAGUGGCGCUAUUCCAAUUUGUCAACUCGUUUCUCUCGCUCUUCUACAUUGCCUUCUAUCUGCGCGAUGAGGAUAAACUCAAAGAGCAAUUGGCUGGCCUGCUCAUCUCUCGGCAAAUAAUUGGCAAUUUACGCGAAUCGGCUAUACCCUAUGUCUUGGAGCAAUGGAAGCUGGCCAAGCUGAGCUUUAAUAUGUGGGGCGCUCUCAGUCCCACGCAGCAUGUGAAUCGUAGUCUAGCCGAGGAAUUGGCCAUUGCCGAGGAGAAGCUUAAGUCUGAGGCAGCUGCCACGCCCAAAACUGUGGCACAGCAGGAGCAGCAACAACAACAGCAGUCGGCAAGCAAGCGAAACAUUGGACAGGCCGAGAUCGAGAGCUCAUUAUAUAAGUACGAUGGCACAUUCUCGGAUCAUUUGGAGAUGUUGGUCCAGAUGGGCUAUGUUGUGCUCUUUUCGGCUGCCUUCCCGCUGGCCGGGAUUUGUGCGCUAAUUAACAACCUGAUGGAGAUACGCUCGGAUGCGUUCAAGCUGGCGCAUGUGCAUCAGCGACCGUUCGGGCAGCGUGUGGCCAACAUUGGCACAUGGCAGAAUGCGUUGAGCAUUUUGUCGCUGGCCGCGGUUAUUGUCAAUUGUGCACUGAUUGGCCUGUCCGGCCAGGUGUCUCGUCUGUGGCCUGGAUUGACCACUGCACAAACUAUAAUAUUAAUAGUCACACUGGAGCACAUCAUGCUGGGACUGCGGCAGGCGUUGACUUGGCUGCUGCCGGAACUGCCCUCCUGGCUGGCGGCGGAGAUAGCGCGCGCCGAGCAUUGUCGCCGCGAGAUGCAGUGCAAGGGCACCUCACCGCGUCCCACACCGCCGACGCCGCCCUCAACCACAUCCACACAGCCGGAACAGGAGUGCACGGGCGCCGAAACCACGCACGAUCAGUCCAUGGAGAGUCAACUGGCCGAUGAUAUGCUGCUGUAUGGCCACGAGCUGGCCGCCAAUUAUGGCCGCAGCAUUGAGGCGGAUGUUAAUAUUUAUGAGAAUCGCGACUCAUCGCCCGAUUCGCCGCCAUCGCAGACGAGCACAAUUCUAAUAAGACCGUUGCAUGAAUCGACACCGCCGCACGGUGGCGCCUCGCUGAGCAGCCUGCAUCAGGAUGGCAAUGGCGCUUGUAAAAGUUGUAGGCAAAAAUCGCAAGUUUUUAUACCGGAAAUACCGCCAUUUCUUGGAUAUUCGGUGCGCAAUUUGAGUGCUCUGUCAACACACAGCCAAAGAAUACAACAACAACAGCUGCUUAGCGGCGCUUCAGCUAGCACGCUAGGCCUGAACUCUGCCGCUGCCAGCUACGCUUCAAGUUUGCAAUCGAUGCAUAUUCCGGAAAUACCGCCGUUCCGUAAGAAAUCAAGCGAUUCGGCUGAUCAUACUGGCAGCAGUACGAGCAGCAGUCCACAGCGCACUUCGAUGCGUCAGCUUCAACUACAGCAGCUGCAGCAGCAACAACAGCAGCAACAACAACAACAGCAACAGGCCAAAAUCGCAGAGAUUCCGCCGUACAGCAAGACGCGUAAAAUAUCCGCCGAGAGCGCAACUCAAUUGCAGAUGAGCGAUAAACUACAUAUUAAACAACACGCACCCGAAUGGAUGUCCCGUUUAAAAGUCAACGAUAAUGCGAGCCUGCAUAGAAGCAUAGAUUGUAUUGCCAAGGAACUCGCAAGCAAUGCAGAUAACACGGAUGUAUUGAAGCCUGCGCCAUCCUGGAGCAAUGUGGCACUCAAGACCGGCGCUCCGGGUAUCAUGCUGGCCACACCACCAGCUACACAGCAGCAGCAGCAAAUUGUCGCGUCCUCGUCAUCCUCAUCAGGAGGCGGUGGCAGUGUCUUCAGUCCGAGUGGUGCUGGUCCAGUCGCCGGUAACAGCAGCAUUAGCAUCAGCAAUUCCCAGUCACGGCCCAGCGUUGGCGCAUUAUCCAAUUCCUCAUCGGGUUCAUCUCAGAAGCAGCAGCCGCAAAAGCAGUCGAAGGAGGACCGGGAUAAGGCACAGGAGCAGGCAGCGGCGGCCACUGCCUCCACAUCCGCUGGCAAUACAGAUGAUGAGACAAAGGCUGCCGAGUUGGCGGCCAAGAAAUCGCGGCUCAAACAGAAGUUGGUGAAAAGCGCGCGAUCUGUGGCCAUAUUCUCGCUCAAGCUAAAGGAGCGAAGACAGCGCGAGGCGGAAAAGGCGGCUACCAUUGCCGUAGAGCAUGCCAAGGCUCUGGCUAAGCUGCCAAUGCCUCAGGCCGUGGGCGGUGAACUGUCUUUAAUACCCAUCGAGCAGCUAAUACAAAUUGAUGAUAUCAGACCUGCGCUAAAGCCUGCACCAACAGUAACAACAACAUCAGUCUCGUCGUCCACCCAAGCUGGCUCUUCUCUGCAUUAUCAUCAGCAGCAGCAGCAACAGCAACAGCAUCAUCAUACGGAUAAUUAAGCUUAACCAAAAUCGAAUACUAGCUAUCCCGAGCGCACAUUGUAAAUAGUUUUUCUAUGCACAACCCCAUCUAGUCCAUGUUUUAAACGAUCUUUCACUAACAUAUUGAUGAUAUGAGCAAUUUGCUGAAUGUGUGUCUUGUCCAGAGUUGGAAGCAACUAACUAACUUAUACAUAUGUACUUAAUAGUAAACAAGUAAUUAACAAAAGUAAUUAACACAUUAUAUGGCUAAAAAAAGGAAACAAAAAAGAAAGAAAACAUUUCGCAUUUGAAAUAAUGCGUUAAAUGUUUUUCGACCAUUUUUCACACUCGCAAAUCCCAUAAAUAUUUGUUAAAUGAAGCAAAUGUGAAACGAAUUUUGUUUAGCGUUUUUAAGCCGUUACAUGUUUUUUGGUAGCCAAAAUGUUGAAAGCCUAGAGCUAAAAAAAAAAAUUAUAAAAAAUAACCAAAAACAAUUUGUUAAAAGUUGAUGUUACGUUUUGCAUUUAUGUUGCCAGAGUAAGCAAUUACUUAUUACUAAUAUUACUAAUAUUUGGGUACUUAAAAGAGUGCUGCAAUGAGUACUUUUAUUUUGCGUGUACCUUUCAUUAUUUUAACAUACAAAUAUUUAUUUUAUAAUAUUUUUGCAGGCACGCUACUCAUAAACGCACUUAUACGUUAAUUUGCGCCUCAGCUUUGUAUCACACGCAUGAGCCCUACUCAUUCGAGCUGAAUACUCAUUUCAAACAAGAUUACGCUUUGAAUACUCGUUGCAGUUAUCUACUUCUCUUAAGCAAUCAAAAGACAUAAACACACACACAGACACACACAACGACACGACUGUGAUGCGUUCGCAUAUGUCGUCCAUUGUUCCUUCCAUAUCUAUAUACAACACAGACAAAGUGAGUAAAGAGAAAUAGCCAGAUUUAAGACAUGAAUUAAUCGCCGCACUCGCUUGUAAACUAAACAAACCUAUUUACAAGAAUUCAAAUUCUACAA